UGUCGAUUGACACCGUCUUUGCCGGGAAAGAGGAGGUGGAGCGUGUCGCGUUUUCAUUCGCUGAUGGCACUGCAGCUCGUGCCAGGUUAGAUCAGACGAACACUUCAGACAAGCACGCAACACGACACGCACAGACAGAGAGGCAUACACAGAUGCCGUCCAGAUCUGUGUGUAUUGCCGUGCGCUCUUGUCCAUCUGCAGACAAAGGUGGCCGUGACGCCUUGAAGUGUCUGAUCGUUGCCGAAACACUCGGAGUCAAAGUGCAGCUGGCGACUGACAAGGCCGCUGGUGAGUGAGGCACGUUCCUGUCGCGUCACAAGCAACGCAGGCAGCUGAUGAUGACUAGGCUGGCAGAUAUCCACCCCUUUCUGUCGAUGUGUCUGUCAGGUGCAUUCCCGGAGCGGCCGCUGCUGCUGGGUCCUGAUGAACUGCAGCUCUUCUCGCCACUCGCCAUCUGCAGGUCACACACACGUGCAACCAAACCACGGCCACGGAAUCGCCCUUCUCUGCACAGCACAGAAUGGACUGGACUGGUCUGUGUACUGUGUCCUACAGGUAUCUGGGGCUGGCGAGCGGCACAAGCAGGCCGGAGGGUCUGAAGCUCAUCGGUGACGUUUCGUCCGACAAGGCGGCGCUGGAGGACUUCCUCUACUGGGCGCUGUUUACACUGCAGCCAGCUCUCGAUAAGCCGACCUCUCAGGCACGCAAGGCAACAACCAACAUGCACAACGUCACGCGCCAUUCGCUGUGUUGGUGUGUGAUGGUGCAGGCGGCAUCUGAGGCUCUGGAGUCUCUGGAAGCUCGGCUGUCAGGGGGCGGCGAGUAUUUGUUCAAAGUGAGCGCCAGAUAGGUGCUGUGCCACCCCACCGAUUGUCUCGUCCAUUGCUGUCCUUCAUCGAUGCACGAUGCUGUUUGUUUCCCAGACCUUCACUUUGGCUGACAUAUUCGUGUGGGUCGCCAUAACGAGGAGCCGCCUGCCGUCCCUCUCAUCGCUCCCGCGGCUGGAGGCCUGGAACGGCCGAAUCGCACAGCUGCCGGCGGUGCAGAGGGCCGUACAAGCCCUGCAGAACAUCCAGACACCGGUCAGCCACCCUGUCACAUCACACGCAUCCACCGGCCCACACACACUCUCCCACGAGUCUGUGUGUGAAAUGGGAGUGCAGACGAGGCCACUAGCAGCAUCAGCUGGUGCGAUCAAUGGCGUCGCUUUGGCGAGAAGAGAGCGUCGCGGCGGUCGGUACGCCAUCACGACGGCCAUCAACUACACCAACGGCCCGCCCCACAUGGGCCACGCCUACGAGGCCGUGACGUCCGACGUCAUCGCCAGGUACCACCGCAUCUACGGCAGGAGGGUCUUCUUCCUCACGGGAACCGACGAGCACGGACAGAAGAUCGCCAACACGGCCGAGAAGAUGGACAAGACGCCCAUCGAAAUAUGCGACCUCUACGCACAGGGCUUCCAGGUGAGGUGAGGGGCGCUGCGGAUCCGAUCCGCCGACAGACAGAGAGAGGGUGGAUUGAUUGGAUUGGCGUGUUGUUUGGUGCAGGAUCUGAAUGCGCGUCUGUACGUGUCGAAUGACUUUUACGUCCGGACGUCGUCGGCCAAGCACAAGAAGGUGGCCCAGCUGGUGUGGGAGAAGGCCGUCGAAGCCGGCGACAUAUACCUCGACAAGUCAGCAAAGGACUCACUGAACGAGCCACCCACCCCACCCUACACACACAUCUUUCUAUGCAUAUCCACAAAUAAAAGAAUGAGAGCGCUGUCAAUUCUCCCUCUCUCCCCCUCUCCGUGUGUGGGUUCGUAUGUUCGUGUGUUGUGCAGUUACGAGGGAUGGUACAAUGUGCGUGAGGAGACGUUUGUGACGGAGAACGAGGCCAAGGCUCUGGACUUCAAGGACCCCUCCACAGGGCUGCCACUCAAGCGCAUGCAGGAGCCAUCCUACUUCUUCAGAAUGUCCAAGUACCAUGAGAGGCUCGUGCAGCACAUCAAGGUGACCCCCACAGACCCACACACUGGAUGGAGCGUGUGUGUGGAUGUGUCUGCCCCUCUCUCUCUCUCUCUCUCUCUGUGUGUGUGUGUGUGUGUGGCUUUGCUGUGUGUCAGUCGAAUCCCUCCUUCAUCAACCCGCCGAUCAGGCGCAACGAAAUACUCGCAAGGCUGGAGGUCAGUCGGCGCCCAACACGACGCGGGACAGAGAAUCUCGUACGCUGCCGUCUGUCUGUCUGUUGUGCGUGUGUUGUGUUGUGUUGUAUGCUGCAGGAGGGUCUUGCAGAUUUGUCGAUCAGCCGGACGACCUUCAGCUGGGGCGUGGAGGUGCCCGGGGCGCCCGGGCACGUCAUGUACGUCUGGUUCGACGCACUCACCAACUACCUCUCAGGUAAAGCGAGGCGACAGAGAGGGAGCGGAGCCGACACGACACCGUACCACAACAGCCUCCCUCCCCCUCUGUGUUUGUGUGUGUCUUUGUGCGUGUGCGUGUGUGGAGGUAUGGAUUGGCCUGAUGGUGCGAACAAGGACUUCUGGCCGGCGAAUGUGCACGUCAUCGGCAAGGACAUUGUGUGGUUUCACACGGUCAUCUGGCCCUGCAUGCUCAUGAGCACCGGCAUCCCGCUGCCAGGUAAGUAAGGUACUCCCGUGUAUGUGACGCAAUCAGACAGACAGACAGGCAGACCAACAGACGGCCACACACACACACACACACACACACGCAUAUGACCUGACGUGUGGUGUGUGCCGACAGAGAGUGUGUUUGCGCAUGGGUUCGUCCAUGCGGCUGACGGCCGGAAGAUGUCCAAGAGCUUCGGCAAUGUGGUGGACCCCAACCACUUGCUGGACAAGUACCCCGCUGACACUUUCAGAUUCUUCCUCGUUCGAGAAGCCAAGUAUGUAACGUGACCAUCCCCCCUCCCCUAACACACACGCAUUUACUAACUCUCUCUCUCUCUCUCUCUCUGUGUGUGUGUGUGUGUGUGUGUGUUAGGUAUGGGACCGAUCUGCCCUUUUCCGAGGACGCGCUGAUCGACCACCAUAAUGCGGUGUUGGCUGACACGCUGGGCAACCUGGUGCACCGAGGCGUCAACCUCUGCAAAAAGAACUGCGAUGUAGGUGUCGCACGGGCCGUCAGCAGCAGCAGCAGCAUCCUCAUGCACGUCCACACGCCGCCCAUGGACACCUUGAAGCGAACCGCUUUGUGUGUGUGUGUGUGUGUGUGUGUGUUGGUGAUGUGUGCAGGGCAAAGUGCCGGCCGUUGCGCCAGACAUGCCGUCGGGGGCGGGGCCGUUUGACCUCGACGAGCUGAAGGAAGGUCAGACAGAGGGAAGAGUCGACUGCAUGAAUGCGCCGAAAAUGGUUUGUGUGUGUGUGCGCGCGCGUGUGUGUGUGUGUGUGUGUUCACUCCAUCCAUCGGUCAGAGACGGAUCGUCUGAUGGAUGAGUUCUGCCUGCAGGAGGCACUCGACGCCGUCGUGGAAGCGUGCAAGUACGUCAAACACACACACACACACACACGGGCGCGGGCAGCCUGGAUGAUGCAUCUAUCUGUUCGUGUGUGGGUUCUGCCCAGCAAGACCAACAAGUACCUUCAGGACCGCGCGCCUUGGGCCAUCAAGGAAGCCGACGAAAGAGCCGCGGUAAGACCACACACGCAUGGCAUGGCCGCCAAGACAUGUAUCAGUGACUGACACGUUGAUGCCCCUCUGCCCUCACUGUCUGGUCUGCAGGUGGUGCGCACGGUGCUUGAGGCCGUGUACGUGUUGGCCCACUUCUUCGAGCCCACCAUCCCACAGGCAGCCACCAGGAUAUUCGACAAACUCAACACGCCAAAGAAAGCCAUCAAGUGACUGACACUUGAUAACACACAUAUACACAGGAAAAACGACUGUUUAUGUCUGUCUGUGUCGGUGUGCUUCUCGCAGGGAUCUGUCGUGCGCCUUCGACAACUUGUCCCCCGGCACGGCAGUGGCGGUGGGCGAGGUGCUCUUCGAGAAACUCAAAGUCAGGACCGUCGACAUCCCCCUGCAAAAGGUCAAACGUCACUCAGUCGCGCAGAAAAGGCGACACACGCAGGAACGAACAGGAUCCCACGAGUGUCCAUGUGUGUGUGGGGGAGGGGACGGCAGGUGGAGAUCCGUGUGGGCGAGGUCAAGUCGGUGAAACCCCACCCCCAGGCGGACAAGCUGUUCGUCGUGAAUGUGCAGAUCGGCGAGACCGACAGCGACAUGAGGUGAGUGUGCAACUGAUGGCAGGCACCCCUCUGGACAUUCGUGUCUCUCUGUUCUGUCUCUCACUGUGUGUCGACCAGGUCAGUGGUGUCAGGUGUCCGCGACACCUUCACGGCCGCGGACCUCACCGGCCAGCGGGUCGUACUCAUUUGCAACAUGAAGCCGGUGAGUGAGUAUGGGAGCAUACGCAGACAACUCUCUCCAAUGAAUGGACGUGUGUCGGCUCGUCCAGGUCAACCUCCGCGGAGAGCAGUCCCUCGGCCUCCUGCUGGCAACAGGUGAGGUGCAACAACACACACCAACCCACCUCACGUGAUCUGCUUUUUGUGCGGCUAGAGUCCUCCCCCGGCAAGUCGGUGCUGCUGCAGCCGGGCCACCCCAUCGGAGGCGACCGCGACACCGCUGCCACGAGCGACAACAGCACUGCGGAAUCGGCCAACGGCACGGUCAAGGGCAAGGACAAGUCGGACAGCGUGCCGCACGUCGCAGUGGGCAGCCUGGUGGAGGCGGAGGGCUAUCCCUCCAUACUCAAGGGGCGCGAGAACCUCACAAAAAAGGAUGUCGACGCACUUGCCCAACACUUUAAGGUGGGGAAGGCGGCUAUGCAGGCAGGCAGGCAGGCUGUCAUGCUGUGUCUCGUCUGUGUCUUGUGCGUCUGAAUGGUGUGAGUGGUGUUGUGUGGUGUGGUGUGGUGUGUCAGGUGCUUCACGGUGUGGUGGUCUUCCAGGAAUUUCCACUGGUCAUCAACCAAGGACCGGGAGGAUGCCACGUAAGCAAUGCUCUACUAGCUACCUGCCUCACUGCAACAGAUCGAUCCACACACUCCACUCGAACGCAUCCAUCCAUCUUUCGGCGUCUCUGUGGGCAGGUGGUAGCUCCCGGCGCACCUGACGGGCCCCUCAAGAUCAAGUGAAGGAAGGACAUCGUGUGUGUGUCUUUUGGUCAAGCGAUUCGCAUGCCUGUUGGUUGUUUGGUUCGUUCAUGCCAUGCGUUCCCAUCGGUUUAUAUACGUAAGUGCAGAGAUCCAUCCAUCCAUGUGGCUGACGUGUGGCUGACGUGGGCACGUCAUGCCUUGUUGGUUCGUGCGCGGGUGUCACGUGAUGAUGGAUGGAUGCAGUUUUCCCGCCUAGCCUGCCUGUGCCGUCAAGGCACUGACUCAGUGAA